AUGGCACGCGAAUGGGCUGCUAUGAGUAUGGAUUACAAGCCACUGCGAGUGACAGCGCCGAAAGGAAAACAACGUUCAUCUUACUGGCUUCAGCUAAGGAUGAAAUACAGCAUUCCUCUUCUCAUAGUUAGUGUGCUGCUGCACUGGCUCUUGUCCAACGCCAUUUACAUUAGCGUUGGAGAGGGGGCCACGCUAACCCUUGGUAUCGUUUUCGUGGUCCUCAUCCUUUUCCCCGUCUUCUCCAUGGACCGGCUUAAACUACCUGGGGGCAUACCGAUGGUUAGAACCAACUCCUUCGCCAUAGCCGCAGCUUGCCAUGUCUGGCCGCAUGAAACAGAAGAGCUGCAUCAUAGCAACUUCCACGCUGGCUCUAAUUCUAUGGCACAGGUAUCAUCGCUGAACACAGGCAGUGAGUCGGAAUUCAGUCUGGGUGCAGGAUUCGAGGAUAGUGGGAACCGAAGCAGCCAUGAGAUGCGUAGUCUCACUACCCCCAGUGACCCAAACAUUGUCGGGUCACAACAUUCUGACAACACAGAUGCAGGCGGGAUUGAGGCGCUGGUGGAAUCUGAGAUCAAAUGGGGAGAGGUCCCGAUGCCACCGUCCUGGUAUGCCAUGUACGAACAUCUCGAUCAUCAUGUGGGCCACCUCAGUUUCGGGUCAAUGGAUCAUUCAGUAAAGGCUCCCGAAGAGGAGGGGUGGUACGCAUGA